AUGCUCUCGUCGAGGUCGCGCAAGGCGAACGAGCUCGUGUGCGCGCUCGACUUUUCCCAGUCCAUCGGCCGCGAUGCAUCCGCCUAUGUCCUCGGUCAACUCGUCGAGCUUAGUCUUGGUAGUGAGCUUACGGCCAUCUCGUUCGGUCAGUCGACCCCUUCUCGUGCUCGGGCUUGUCAUGGGCUCUCUGGCUGACCCGACGAAAGCUUGGCGUCGCACCGCCCGACACAGAUCCAGUCCAAGGCCUCUUGGCGGUAGCGACCGAACAAGGUGGCUUGCACAUCUUUGGAAAGCCGCCCGUGCACCUCUCGUGGGACCUCGGUCGACCGCUCAAGAUCAAGCACCUCGCCUUCCGACCCGGUGCCGGGUUCCUCGCCUGCGUCGACCAGAAGGACACCUUGCACGUCUUUGAUCUCGGCCGCAUAGAGAACAACAAACCUUAUCGAGAUUCGUCGCUGUCCCUUCGUGCCCAAAUCACCUGCGUCGAAGCGAGCCCGAAUCAUCCUCAUCUCCUCCUCGGAGGCAAGGACGGUACCGUCGACGUGUUUGAUAUCGACCGGGGCGUGCUUGUGCCGACGUCGAGGAUUCCCAACUGUUGGGUACAGCAGGAAGAGAUCCUCCGUCGGUCCGGAGUACCUGAUGCGCCAUCGAGGCGACACAUGUAAGUAGGCGUCUCGGUCCUUUGUCCGUUACUCUCUGAUCACUGACCUUCCUACUUUCCCCUGCUGCCUCCAGUCCCGUCUGCACGGAUGUCAAAACCCAUCCGUUGGACCUCAACCUCGUUUUGAUAGCCUACGAUGGUGGAGUGUCGCUCUAUAACCUCGCACAAAAGAAUGUUGAGAGGAAUUGGGAAUGUGAGGAUUUGUCGGGGUAAGCUCUCGAGACGGACCGAGAACUUACUCGGAAUUGGUCUCCAUCGCAGUCGUCAUCCCACCCGGAGCCGUAGGAGGAGGUAACGAUACCGAAGACACAAUAUUCUCUGAACGACGACCGCCUGUGACCUGCCUCGCUUGGCGUCCAGAUGGUCAGUGCACAGUACUUUCGGGGUCCAACUUCUCAGAGCUCACCCGUGCCCUUGCUCGUCACAGGUUUGAUGUUUGCUGCCGGCCACGAGGAUGGGUGCAUCUCGUUUGCCUGUGUCUCCGACGACAAUCCCAUCACGAUCCGAACGAUCGAACGCGAUGCGGUCAAUAAGGUGAGCCAGCCCACUCAUCUAAUUUUGCAGAGAUUUGGGCUGACACUCUGAAUCACUCACAGACGACCGAAGAAGAUCUGUUCGCUUGGAACGCCAAGAGUCCCGAAGCUCGUCGACAAACAGCGUGUCGUGAACCCAUCUUCCGACUCGCUUGGUCCUCGUUCGAACAAGAGACGAUGCUCUCCCGCGCCACUGCAUCGUUCUCCGGGGCAGCGGCAGCAGCGAUGAGCUCAUCCGAGAUCCCCGAUCUGCCGACACCCGAUUCGCCCUAUACAAAAGGCGAAACGAUGCUUACAAUCCUGGGCGGCCUCUUACCGAAGGACCCACCUGGUAUUCAUACACUCGCCUUUCCACCUUAUGUCGCGCCGCCCAAUGCCGCUUCGGCCUCGUCGAACAUCUCUUACGCCGUCCGGGAAGCGCUCAAAGCCUCGAUCGAACCGACCUUUCACCACAUCUACCCAACCGACACCCCACCAGAGGACUUUAUUCUCCUACCUAGAUCCUCACCUCACUUCUCGCUCUCCCAUGACCCCUCGGCGAUGAUCAUUACAACGGGACAAGAUCGACACUUACCCGUCCUCGCUGCGCCCCACGCCUCUCGAGGGAUCGAGGCUUGGUCCUUCCCGCCCGCGCAAGGUCAUCCGCGCCCGCGACAACUUCGCCUCCCCGCGCAACUGUCUUGGAAUGGCCCCGGAACUUGCGUUUCAGCUCGGCUGCUCAACGUCCAGACCCUCGCUUACCGACGAAUGCUGCAUCAGUUUGACAUGCGAGAUGAAGACUCGGACCGCAUUCCGCUCAAGGGUGGAAAGGCCUUCCCUCGCUUACGACCUAGUCGAACAGGAAUGCGCAACCACGUUCCACUCGACAACCAACCUCGCAUUGUCGUUUCUUCGCACGUCGACCUCGUCGUUCGUUUCUUUGACGUAUCUUCUUCGCUCUUACAAGCCGAUCGCAACGAUGCGCCUUCAUCAUACGCGUCCACCUCCUCCACACCCGCAGCGGCAACAGCCGAGCUAAAGCCCCUUUUGACGCGAGAAUACCCUAGACCGCUGGCUCACCUCGAUUUCGACAUCAAGGACGUGCUUUUGGACCCGUCGGCGAGCGGACUCGAGGCGAGUCGGAUUCUGAAAGAACGUCCCUGGGAAUUGGAGAUCAUCAAAUGCGACUUUGCGGUGCACACGUGCGAGUUGGCCGUCGCGUUGUCGACGGGGGAGAUCAUCUUGGCGAGGCGAGUGGACCCAUGAGCGACGACGUCUUUGUUUUGAUUCAGCUGCUCAUUCUUUAUCCUCGGAUCUGACACAGGCUCAAUUACGGUGACCUUCGCGAUCUCUCGACGAUCGAACAUGAUCGUGCUGAUGCCGAAGCCGAGCUAGAUGAGACGAUCUCGGACGCACUGAAUGACAUGAACGUCAACUCGGUGGAGGCAAAUCCGAGCGCCGCCCCUCCGCGUCGAGCAUCAAAGGUCGAUCCUACCCCAAGUCGCCUCCGUAAAGGUUCUGUCGCAUCGGCGUCGUUCGCAGCGCCAUCGCGAGAUCCGUCGGACUGUUUCAUCGACCUCUCGGUCGUUCUUGCGCGUCGCCCCGAUCGCGACAGCUUCCGUGCCGUCGGAGCUUUCCUUCUCCCACCACCCAACAGCCUCAAUGCCCCCUUCUGCGUCGAGCUCGCCGAUACCGGGUUCCUCGCCGCUUCGAGUGGCAACAUCCUGCUCAUUGCCGAUUUGCGAGGCCCCGAGGUGCUCUUGUACGACGAUCCGACAACUCUGUCGUACGGAAAGAAGGGCAAGUCCAAAACCAAACCGGAUGCUUCACCCGUGACGUCGUUAAAAUGGACCGUCUCGGCGGUUGGGGAUGAUCAUGAUCGACAACCACGCCUGAUCGUCACUCAGGCGUCAGGGACGACACGCAUCUUUGAGAUGGCGAAUGUCGCGGGCGGAUGGCUCGCCUCCGAAGGUCCCGUUACAUUCCAGCAUGACAGCGUCAAGAAUGCGAUUGCUACCUUCGUGCUUGAUCCGCUGGGAAACGAGCUCCUCGCCGAUCCUCUGAGGCUUCAACAAGCGAUGAACCAACAAUUCGCUCCUUCGCACGAGAAUGGAGGUUUCUCUUCUCUCUGGGUCGUCGUGACUCCGAUGGUGAUCUCGGCCUACUUCAACAUCAAUGGUCCCCGAACGGCGCAAUACGAAGGCGACAUGGCUUCAGCAUUCAAAAGCGCCGCCGUCGUACUCAAAGAUGGUUGCCCCGUCCUCAUCGCGACGACACGACUUCGUACCAUCGUGGCCUUCUCCCUUCCCAGUCUAACGCAAAUCACACGCAUGUCCUUCGACGCCGCGAUCCACACCGACGUCGGAACCAUCUCCAUCGCCGCAGACGGUGACCUCCUCCAGUUCAUCGAUCCCCUCCACAUCCGUCUGCACACGAUAGCCGAUAUCGGACGCCCGAGUUGUCCGCCCAGUUUGGAGCUUUGGGAUCCGACGAUCCCCGUACCGAGUUUGACGAACGCUUUGGUCGGUGCGGCGUCGAAUCUGACGAGUUAUUUGUUCGGGUAUCAGAAGAAGGUGUAUUCCGGUUCGGAUAUGGAUGCGAUCCGUGAGUUUCUUCGCUGGAGGGGGUGACUGUUUUUCUCCACUUGAAGCUGAUGUCUGAUGUUUGAUGCUCAACCCUCCUCCAGUCGGCGGCCCGAACCGCAAACCAGCCCCUAUCCGACGUCGAGCAACGGCCGCAACGCCUUUCACCACACCCCAAUCCUCCACCCCCUCCCGACCCGCAACCACCACCAAACCGCGUCUCUCGUCGACCCAAAACGAGCUCACUACGACGCAAUCCCUCCUCGCGUCCACGACCGAAGCGCUCGAGCGUCGAGGGGAAUACAUGUCCGCGCUGCAGGAGAGGUUAGGUACGAUGGCGAACGACGCGGCCAAGUUCGCUGCGGAUACGAAGAAGAUCGCUCAACAGGAGGCGGCGAAGGGGACCAUCAAGUCGGGUUUUACGAGCUUGUUCAAUCGGUAG